AUGAUGUGCAUUUUCACAUACCUCAUACUGACAGCUUCAUUAUCGCAUCAACAAGAUGAACAGGAAACGAGAAAGUGGGUCCCCUUACAAGGCGCCGAUGAUCGUAGGAAAGGAAGCCAUACAUCACUCGAAAUUCUGCUAAUACGAGGAAUGCGCUAUACAAAGAAACCGCUGGCGCCGCUGGUUGCACAGGCGCUUCGAACAAUAGGCAGUCAGACAGAAAAAUGUGUGGCUGAAGUCAACAAAUACCAAGACUGUGGGUUGCUUGUCAAUGUGGUGCUGAUCCGGUACUACGAGGAGCUAAACGGUAUAGGCCGACGUCACGAAGCUGACCAUUUAGCCCUGAUCCACCUGGUUUUUUAUGACUGUCCCAUUGCCUUUUGA